ACCCUAAAAAGUUUUCGGUUAUUAAUGCUUUCAAAGACCGAUUUGUUUAUUUAAAAUGCUGGUAAACCUGGAAAGCGACUUCCAGUAAAACUCAUUUUCGCUUUUUCUUCCUCUUCUUCUUCUUCAAAUAAUCAAACACCUCGCCUGCAACACAUUCACCAUUACUUUAAUCCAGUGUUUCCCCCCAAAAGAUAUCAGAAAUGAAGUACGUUUUGAUUACUGGAGGAGUCGUUAGUGGACUUGGCAAGGGCGUCACAGCCAGCAGCAUAGGCGUCGUUCUUCAAGCUUGUGGCCUUCGUGUUACUUCCAUUAAAAUUGAUCCUUAUCUGAACACGGAUGCCGGAACCAUGUCGCCUUUUGAACAUGGGGAGGUUUUUGUUCUUGAUGAUGGUGGAGAGGUUGAUUUGGAUUUGGGUAAUUAUGAGCGUUUCCUAGAUGUUACUCUUACUAAAGACAACAACAUCACUACUGGAAAGAUAUAUCAGUCCGUCCUCGAUAAGGAACGGAAAGGUGAUUAUCUUGGAAAGACUGUUCAGGUUGUUCCACACAUCACAGAUGCUAUUAAGGAUUGGAUCGAGUCAGUUGCUGUCAUUCCUGUAGAUGGAAAAGAGGGUCAUGCAGAUGUCUGUGUGAUAGAGUUGGGAGGCACUGUUGGUGACAUCGAAUCAAUGCCAUUCAUUGAGGCUUUGCGGCAGUUGUCCUUUUCAGUUGGCCCAGAUAAUUUCUGCCUCAUUCAUGUCAGCCUAAUACCUGUGCUGGGUGUAGUUGGAGAGCAAAAAACUAAGCCUACACAACAUAGUGUUCGAGAACUUAGGGCAUUAGGCUUGACUCCUCAUCUGCUUGCAUGUCGCUCAGCUCAGCCUUUAUUGGAUAAUACAAAGGUGAAACUUUCACAAUUUUGUCACGUGGAGGCUGCCAACAUCCUAAAUAUUCAUGAUGUUCCCAACAUUUGGCAUAUUCCUCUCUUACUUAGAAACCAAAAUGCCCAUCAUUCAAUUCUGAAACAGCUGAAUUUGCUCAGCAUUGCCACGCCUCCAGAUUUAGAAGCUUGGAACAGGAGGGCAGAAACUUUUGAUAAUCUCACUGAUUCAGUUAGUAUUCUUAAUUUAGCUGUAAUUGUCCAGUUUGAAAUAGAAGAAAUUCUGUCAUUUGUGAUACAAAAACGUAUCAUUUGUGUGCAGGUGAAGAUUGCAAUGGUGGGAAAGUAUGUUGGUCUGACAGACUCAUAUCUAUCUGUCGUGAAGGCACUUUUACAUGCUUGUAUUGCAUGCUCUUUGAAGCCAUCUAUUGACUGGAUUGCUGCUUCAGAUCUUGAAGAUGAUACUGCCCGUUCGGCACCAGAAGCUCAUGCUGCCGCAUGGAAGAGUUUAAGAAAUGCUGAAUGUGUCCUAGUUCCUGGUGGAUUUGGAGAUCGUGGUGUGUGUGGAAUGAUAUUGGCAGCAAAAUAUGCUAGAAAGAAUAAUGUUCCUUAUCUUGGUAUUUGCUUGGGCAUGCAGAUAUCUGUCAUUGAGUAUGCCAGAUCUGUUCUUGGUUUAGAAAAGGCAAACAGUCGUGAGUUUGAUGAGGAUACACCUGAUCCUGUUGUCAUUUUUAUGCCUGAAGGCUCCAGGACGCAUAUGGGAAGCACAAUGAGACUGGGAUCUCGAAGAACACUAUUUCAGAACCCUGAUUGUGUUACUUCCAAAUUGUACUGCAAUCCACAUUAUGUAGAUGAACGACACCGUCAUAGAUAUGAGGUAAACCCAAAUGUCAUCGGUGUUCUUGAAGAAGCAGGGCUAAAAUUUGUCGGGAAGGAUGAAACUGGGAAAAGGAUGGAGGUUCUGGAGCUUCCAGGUCAUCCAUUUUAUGUUGGUGUGCAGUUUCAUCCAGAAUUUAAAUCACGUCCUGGGAAGCCCUCGGCUCUAUUUUUAGGUCUUAUAUUAUCUGCAAGAAGGAAAUUGGAAGCAUAUCUUACAAGGCAUCAAAUGGAAGUUGAUUUACAAUUUAAUUUCAAUACAUCCGCAUCAGUUUUACGAGGGGGAAACGAUACAUUCGAGUCUUAUGGUAUAGAUAUACGCAAAAGAGGUUCUUCACGCGAGUCCUUAUUGCAAUAGAACUAAGUCUUUUUGUUGGAUGGAAGUCAUGGGAUUAGGAGUGAGGAAAGCCGUAAUUUCCGACGAAAAGCAUGUCUUCGGAACUAUGUUAUUCGGACUCGAGUAUUCGUAUUUGUUCAAGGUCUUUCUUUUCAUAAAUGUUUGGAAAUUAUAACCCAUCUAAUUUAGAAUGCGUCUAAUGUAAGUGUCGGAUAUGAAUAUAUAUAUAUAUAUAUAUAUAUAUAUAUAUUAAAGCAGUUUACCCUAUUUUUUUAA